GUUAGUCGGGGAGAUCAAAGUUGCGGAUAGUCUACAAAGAUAAAACCUUUUUCGAAUGACGAAAUUUCCGAUCAUAUUCUAGCAUUCCGAUCUCAUCGUCCCCAAGUGCUGGCAAUUGACAGCACAUAAAGUCCCCCAAAUUAAUAACUAAAAUAGCGCAUCAAAACCCUAGAAUUAAAAAGAUUUUCAGUGAUGUCUUCGAUCAUCAUCUUCACUUUCUCCAUCCUCCUGUUUUCACCCUUUACAGUCUCAUCUCUAAUCGACGCCACGGACGACGGAGACCAUGACAACCUCACUGCCUAUGAAAUCAUUCAAUCGUAUGGGUUUCCGAAGGGGAUUCUCCCUAUAGGCGUCACCGGCUACGAACUCGACAAAUCCACCGGAAAAUUCAAAGCUUUCUUCAACGGUUCUUGUAGCUUCUCUCUCGAAGGUUCCUAUGACCUUAAAUACAAAUCAACUAUUGGUGGGAUCAUAUCGAAAGGUAGGUUAAAGGAUCUUACUGGGGUUAGCGUCAAGGUGUUUUUCUUUUGGCUCAACAUUGUCGAGGUUUAUACAUCAGAAGACGAGCUUGGUUUUUCUGUUGGCAUUGCGUCAGCUGGGUUUCCGAUCGAUAAUUUUGAGGAUUGUCCGCAAUGUGGAUGUGGUAUGGAUUGCAAUGGCGUUGUUGACGACCCUCGAGGUAAGCAAUCGACGAAGAUCAGAACAAACCCCUUUGUUUCUUCAAUCUAGAGAUUCGAUCAUCUGCAAUUUCUAUUACACGUAGAGACAGACUAUCAUUCUUCUUUAGCUUUUUUUUCCUCUUUCCUUUGUACUAAGUUUUAAUUCCCAGUAUGUUUUCUUGCACCCAUGCGAAUUAUGUGCAAAUGAAUUAUGCGUCAUUAAUCCAUGUUGGGUUCUUUUAGUUUAAUUUUGUACACUUGAUGAUCUCAAUUGUUCUCCAUAAAAUAGCUCAGUUUUAUAUGCC